AGCCGGCCCGGAAGUGACGGCAAGCGGCUGGGGGGGUGACGCAGUUUUCCCGCGGUUUAGAGCGGUGGGGUAGGGGGGAGAGGAGCGGUAGCGGUAGCCUGUCGUUACUGUCGCCCGCGGCGGGCUCUUGAACGGCGGAGCCCAACGGCCGCCCGCGCGCGGGCCGCCAUGCCGCCCAAGCUCCCCCGCAGGGCGGGCGCCGCCAGGAGCCAGCGCGCCAGCCCCGACAGCGGCUCCGCGCCGCCCGCCGCCCCCCGGCUCGAAAUCGGCGAAGCUGACUUCGUCGUGCUCUGUGAUGCGCUGAAAGUAUCGGACAGCGUGAGGGAGAAAGCGUGGAAGACGUACGAGAGCUUGUCGGCUGUGGAUGGAGCUGUAGCUUAUAACAAAAAGAAAAAGGAAACAUGGGGAGUCUGUAUCUUUAUUGUAGCAAUUGAUCUGGAUGAAAUGACAUUCACUUUCACAGAGCUUCUGAAAAGUAUAAGCAUAAGUGUAUGCACAUUUUUUCAGUUUCUGAAAGAGGUGGAUGUUAACAUGGAUACUGUAAGCACUGAAGUUGAUAGCACUGUAUCAAGGCUGAAAAAGAAAUAUGAUGUAUUACUUGCACUAUACCACAAGUUUGAAAGGACUUGUGGCCUUAUUUAUCUGGAACAACCUAGUAGUGAGAUUUCUGCUGAACUCAGUUCUGUAUUAGUCCUAAAAAAUUACUGGAUUACUUUUUUGCUGGCAAAAGGUAAAGUGUUGCAAGUGGAAGAUGACCUGGUGAUUUCUUUCCAGUUGUUGCUGUGUGUCUUAGUUUAUUUUAUCAAACUGUCACCUCCUGCUAUGCUCAAGGAACCAUACAAGUCUGCUGUGACUGCAGUGGCUGUUAAUGGUUCAGCUCGAACUCCAAGAAGAGGUCAGAACAGGAAUACACGUACUUCAAAGCAAAUUGAUACCGAUACAAAAGUUAUUGAAGUCCUUUGUAAAGAGCAUGAUUGUAAUUUAGAUGAGGUCAAAAAUGUGUAUUUCACAAGCUUUAUUCCUUUCUUGAGUUCUAUUGGUAUUGUAGCUUCAAAUGGACUACCAGAGGUUGAGGUUCUCUCGAAACAGUAUGAUGAGCUCUAUCUCAAAAACAAAGAUAUAGAUGCAAGAUUAUUUCUGGAUCAUGAUGAAACUCUACAGCCUGAUGUCAUACCAUGCUCACAGUUGGAGAGGACACCAGUAAAAAACAAUCCAGAUGAGGAACUUAAUUUUAUACUUCCGCAGACUCCUGUUCGAGCUGCAAUGAAUAACAUUCAGCAAUUGAUUAUGAUUUUAAACUCAGCAACUGAUAAACCAUCAGAUACUCUCAUCAUGUAUUUCAACAAUUGCACAGUUAACCCUAAGGAUAGUAUCCUGAAAAGAGUGGAAAGUCUUGAACACAUCUUCAAAAAGAAAUUUGCUGAAGCAGUUGGACAGGGAUGUGCUGAAAUUGGCUCACAGAGAUAUAAGCUUGGAGUACGUCUAUAUUACAGAGUAAUGGAGUCUAUGCUAAAGUCGGAGGAAGAGCGCCUCUCAGUGCAGAAUUUUAGCAAACUUCUGAAUGAUAACGUCUUCCACACAUCUCUUCUGGCUUGUGCUAUUGAGGUUGUCAUGGCUACGUAUGGCAGAAGCGCUUCACAAAGUGAUGGUACCAGUGCUGAAACAGACUUGUCUUUCCCAUGGAUUCUCAAUGUAUUUGACUUAAAAGCUUUUGACUUCUACAAGGUGAUUGAAAGCUUCAUUAAAGCGGAGCCAAGCCUAACAAGGGAAAUGAUAAAGCAUCUGGAACGCUGUGAACAUCGAAUUAUGGAGUCUCUUGCUUGGCAAUCUGGGUCACCUCUGUUCGAUCUUAUCAAGCAGUCAAAAGAACGAGAAGGCCAAACUGAUCAGCCUGAGCCCACUUCCACUCUCAAUCUGCCUCUCCAACAUAAUCACACUGCAGCAGACCUCUAUCUUUCUCCUGUGAGAUCGCCAAAGAAGAAAGCAUCUGGACCUCCUCCAAGUGCUUCUUCCACUCCAGAUGCUCAGCCAGCUGUGACCCCCCAAACACAGAAAGCACAGAAAUCUACCUCCCUCUCUCUCUUCUACAAAAAAGUGUAUCUACUGGCCUAUCUUCGACUACAUACCCUGUUCUUUCGGCUUCUUUCUGAUCAUCCUGACCUGGAACCCUUGAUCUGGACCCUCUUCCAGCACACACUGCAAAAUGAGUAUGAACUUAUGAGAGACAGGCACUUGGACCAGAUCAUGAUGUGUUCCAUGUAUGGCAUAUGUAAAGUAAAGAAUGUAGAUCUUAGAUUUAAAAUAAUAGUUUCGGCAUACAAGGAGCUUCCCAACACAAAUCAAGAGACUUUCAAACGUGUUCUUAUCAGGGAAGAACAGUAUGACUCCAUUAUAGUCUUCUACAACUUAGUGUUUAUGCAGAAGCUGAAAACGAACAUUUUGCAGUAUGCCUCCAACAGGCCUCCCACUCUGUCACCUAUCCCACACAUUCCUCGCAGUCCUUACCAGUUUUCCAACUCUCCUCGGCGUGUCCCUGCUGGCAAUAACAUCUACAUUUCACCCUUGAAGAGCCCUUACAAAUUCUCCGAUGGGUUUCAGUCACCCACAAAGAUGACUCCAAGGUCUAGAAUUUUGGUGUCAAUUGGUGAAUCAUUUGGGACUUCUGAAAAGUUUCAAAAAAUAAACCAGAUGGUGUGCAACAGCGAUUGCCAGCUAAAACGCAGCGCAGAGGUAAGCGCUGCUCCUAAGCCACUGAAGAGGCUGCGCUUUGAUAUAGAAGGGCAAGAUGAAGCAGAUGGAAGCAAACACCUACCCCAGGAGUCCAAGUUUCAACAAAAGCUUGCAGAAAUGACAUCUACUCGAACAAGAAUGCAAAAGCAGAAACUGAAUGAUGGAAAUGAUACCUCAGCCAGUGAAAAAAAAGUUUUACAGACAGAAUGUAUGUUAACAUUGGGGUACACUGACCGUAAGCUCUGUUACAGCAGCUGAAGUUCUUCCGUGAUCCUUUGGCUAGAGGAGUGACAUUAGAGCCCAGUACCUAAACAGAUGUAUUAUUUCUUUACUGUGACAAUGUAUUUUUUUUUUCUUUUGUUCAAACAGACUGAAGGCUUUACAUCAAAUGUACAAUAAUAUUUUAUACAACUAAUCAUUUUCUCUCCUUUCAAGAUAAAUAAAAUAGAUUUUAAAAGA